CGCGCCGCCGUUCGAGUCCGAGUUUGUUGUCGUCGUCUCGUAUUUCUGCUUUCCUUCAGCCGCGUUGGUUCACACGAUCGAUCGAUGAAUGGUUGGCUAGUUUGUUGGUAGGUUUGCCUGUUUGGACGGCCUGGUCGACUGCGGAUGGUUGGUCGAUGUAUAAAAACGUACGGAUGCAAGCGCAACAGCAUCAGUUCAUCAACAACUUUCACAGCGAGAACACGCGCAGCAAACGAAACGAAAUUCAUAUUAUAAUUUUUUUUAAAUGAACGUGUCUGUUAACAAUUAUUGAGAGAUAUUUUUGAUAAGACGACUAUUGAAAAAGUUUACUGUGCGGAAAUAAAUAUUUAAGAAACAAAAAUAAUUGGGAGACAACAAAAAAAUGUAUACGGAUACGAAAAAUCUCGCACAUCAAUUGGCCGACAUGAGCCUUACCUCGGCGGCGAAUACAACUUUAACGCCCACCGCCCCGACAGAGAAGUCCAAGCGCAAGCUUUGCAAAAUAUGGCGCCCACUACUGCGGCUGAUGGCACGCAAGCGCAACAGCAGCCACACUACGGCUAAUAGCAGUUGGCAUGCCACCAGCUUACACCCGAACAACGUACACCUCAACAAUACAAUCCCAACAAARGCGCACGCCAACAGCGAMAGCGAAGAUUGGCCCACGGCGCAUAUCGAGGACUACGCCAGUCUCAUGCGCAAAAUGAGCUUAAAGGAGCAGUGCAAUCAUGGCACAGGCGAGGCGGCCAGCACACGCGCUGUGCCCGAAUGGGAGCGCCCCUGUCAGGCAAGUGCUAAAUACGCAACGACAGUGAUCAGCAGUGCAAGUAUUGAGAAGACGCCGGCCAGCACGUGCGCGCACUGUGUCUAUGGGCGUAAUUGUCAGCACGAGCAGUUUCAUCAUCACAUCUGUGAUGCGGCCACACAAGCCACAAACACAACCGCACCGACGUCCACAUCAACAACAGCCGCAUACAACACAGCAGGCGCCCCACAUUGGCCCACAAUGCCAGRGGGUACGGCGACGUUGUCACAACACGCGCUCACCGAACUGCCCAUACAGUAUAUGCACACCGAUGAUGGCACCUUCUUCUGGACGAACGCACAGGAGAAAAUCGACGAUGACCUACUCACAGCGUGGUUAUGUCAGAGUUGGCGUCAGUUGCCUUUGCAGGCGGCGUUGCUGUGAAUGUGCUUUCGCAGAGAGCUUUCACAACACUCUGUGUGUGAGUGUUGGAAGACAGGGGCUUUCAUUACUUUCAUCAGGGAUCUCAUUGUUAUUUUAGUUUCAUUUAUACAAUUAUACACAUACAUAYAUAUAUUUUAGUGUAAUCAAAUACUUAGUAUGUAAAUUGCAAUUUACAAGAAUAACUACGUGAAGUACACGUCUUAGCUCCAUUUGUUUGCAAUAUAAAUA